UCCCUGGGGGUGUGGAGAUGAUUCAGCACUAUGUGAAUAUUGUGCUGACUGGCGAUUUCUUCAUUCCCACACUAUGAGGAAGGGCAAACUGAUCACAGGUCAGCCUGCGGUUUCUGGUGAAAUCUGAACUCUGUGAAGACAAAGAAGGAGGAGAAGAAGAGUAGAGAAGACUGGAGAAGGCAACGGAGGAGGAAGUGAGACUGGUUUGUAUGGAGAGGAUCAGGUUGCCAGUGCUGCGCCGUGUGGCGAUCUGCGGCGGUACACACGGAAAUGAGAUGACGGGGGUUUACCUGGUGCCGGAGUUGGAGAGACAGCAGAAAGAGAAAGGUGAUGCUGCACGGAUCAUCCCACUCACCUUUGUGGUGUCCAACCCACGUGCUGUCAAAGAGUGCAAGAGAUACAUAGAGAAAGACCUUAACCGCUGCUUUACCAGUGCUACCCUCAGCUCUCCCAUCACUGAUGAAACUCCAUAUGAGGUACAGAGAGCUCAGGAGUUAAACUCUCUGUUGGGUCCCAAAGGUUCUGAAGAUGCUGUGGAAAUUAUCUGUGACCUCCAUAACACCACGGCUAACAUGGGCCUCACCAUCAUCUCCUACUCGCAUAAGAACUGGAUCUGCCUCCAUAUCUUCAAACACCUGAAGGAUAAAAUCACCAACGUGCCUGUGAGGUUGGUGCUGCUGAAUAUUCCGCUGUCUGAAGCGUAUUCCCUCGAGUCCGUCUCCAAGUACGGCAUCUCUUUAGAAGUCGGGCCACAGCCACAAGGCGUUGUCCGAGCAGAUAUCUUCAACAUCAUGAAACAGGGUGUGGAUGCCAUCCUGGACUGGACCGAAACCUUUAACUCAGGGAAAGUAAUAGAGGGAGGAGAGAUCGAGGCCUACUUAAUUCAGAAGAGUAUGGAUUACCCCAGAAACCCUAAGACCGGAAAACCCUCAGCUGCUGUUCAUCCACAGCUCCAGGAUCAAGACUACUGCCUUCUCCAGCGUGGAGAUCCUGUGUUCCUGACGUUCUCUGGAGAGACACUGAGCUAUGAAGAAGAAGAACCUCUUCAUCCUCUGUUCAUUAACGAGGCCGCUUACUACGAGAAGGGAAUCGCCUUCCAUCUGGCCCACAAGAAGACUCUGAGCAUCCCGAGUAUACAAGCGGAAACAGACUGAGAUCAGAAGAGAGAACAGGAAGCUGCAUGCACAAAACCAAAGCCAAUGAUUUUAAUCUUUUUUUAAAUAUAUCUAAAUAAAUCACAGCCUCAGGGUUUAAAAUAAUCUCAACAGGAUUCCUAACCAAAAAAAUAUUACACAAUCAAUUUUUACAAAAUAUGAUGCAAUCAAAUGAUUUACUUGAAUUUUAAAACUUGAACUUUAAUAUUUCAUUAUAAAUUUCAUUUGAAGGUAAACUAUAUGUAUAUAACACAUUUUUACCAGAAAUAUUUAUGGAUGCAGGAAUGUAUUCGAUCACUGCUAUAAAUAAAUAAAAAAAAAA